GAUAUCCACUUCUCAGUUGAAUAGACAACGUUGAUGAGUCUCCUCUCGUCUUCGUCUUGGUCUUCAUCUUCUUCGACCAACGAUAUACCAGCCUAGUCCAUCUCAGUGCGCAGUCCAAAUCUCUCGUUUGAUCCUUGACUACGUCCAUCGCCACAUAUCGUGACAGUUUACGCACACAAAAAAAAGGAGAUUUAGACACUUUGUUAAAUACUUCAAGUGACAACGAUCCGUUUUUAACAAUCGCCAUCCGAGUCGGACAGUGUCGCUAGUUUACUUUUGGUGCGGCGGCCGUUGAUUUUCACGCAGUGUUUGGGCUUUUUUUUUUAAAUCACAGUGGCACACAUGAUGGCUUCGACGACAAGUACACGUAGCCACGAGCAAGUACAGCAAACUGAUUGCUGGAACGAUUGGAACAGUCCGGCUUCACUCCAUCAUCACAGCGCUAGUUUUAGUACUCCAAUGCGAGCCAUGGAAGCUUGUCUACUCACCGCCGGCGGCCAGGAGCAACAUCAAUUUUACCGAUCAGAAUCGCACCAACAAGGCAUCGGUCCACCGGCGAUGAUGCAACAGGAGAGUUGCGAUAAAUCUUCGGUUUCUCCUACACCUUCAACUCCACAUCAUAACGGCCAAUCUUCGGGAUUAUCGCCGAUGGGUAGCGGGAAUCAUACCAACGAUUUGUCCACCUUGACGAAGGAGGAACGAUCCAGCAGGCAGAGGGGCCAGUCUAGCCCUAGUCCGAACUUGGAGCAGGAAACAAAGAAACCGCUUCACGCCAAACUGACCGGAGUUAACGCCAGCCUGGAGAUGAAGGCUCUGUGGGACGAAUUCAACGAAUUGGGCACCGAAAUGAUUGUCACCAAAGCUGGCAGGCGGAUGUUUCCGACGCUCCAGGUGCGCCUUUUCGGACUGGACGCCAAUUCGGAUUACAUGCUCAUGAUGGACUUUGUGCCAGUGGAUGACAAGCGAUAUCGCUACGCUUUUCACAGUUCAAGCUGGGUAGUUGCGGGCAAAUCGGAUCCCAACUCUCCGCCGAGGAUUCACGUUCAUCCAGACUCACCGGCCAAAGGUUCGCAGUGGACCAAGCAAGUCGUUUCGUUCGACAAACUCAAGUUAACCAACAACCAGCUGGAUGACAACGGACACAUCAUAUUGAAUUCCAUGCAUCGCUACCAGCCGCGUUUCCACGUCGUCUACAUCAACCAGCGGACAGAAGACGCGUCGCAGACCGAGAACUUUCGCACGUUCAUCUUCCCAGAGACAAAGUUCACUGCCGUCACUGCCUAUCAGAAUCAUCGGAUUACCCAAUUGAAGAUAGCCAGUAAUCCAUUCGCCAAAGGAUUUCGUGAUUGCGAUCCCGAUGAUUGCGUGGUCGAUGUGCUAAAUCAUAUGCCGUCGAAUGUGUCUAGUGCCAAUAGUAGCCGCCCGUCGGGUAGUAACAGCAGCCGAAGCGCCACGACGGUUACAACAUCUACAACGACCUCAUCAUCUUUGGUGGCCGGAUCGUCCUCGUCGUCUUCAUCAUCACGUUUCCCGGGCUCUUCACCGUCGGGUGUCUAUUCAUCCCCGACGUUCCAUCACAAGGAAUCCAAAGAUGAAGAGUCAGUGAGUCCGUCGAUGUCGUCAUCAUCAGCCAACAACAACAACAAUAUCGGUCUCGUUUCAACUGCCAUCAGUCCGGCCAUCAUGACAACGACGUCGGGCGGCCAGCAAUGUUCGUUUAACGUCCAACGGGGCUUCACGACCAACACGGGAUCAUCUCCACAACACAGCAGCACAUUCAACAGUUUGGGUAGCAGCGUAGCAGCGACUUCAGCCAUUAUGUCAUCGUCAACGGGUUCCAUCGCUCCCGUCACGCCGAUCGUGUCCAGUUCUCAAUUGUCGCCGAUUUCGCCGACUUUGCCCGCUCAAAUGUCACAGCCUUACACAGCCGACGUUUGCCAGUACGGGCCUAUCUACAACGCCUACAACUACGCGGCGGCCGCCGGAAAAAUGCGGACCAGCUCGCCUUACGGUCGCACGGCAUCCGCCGCUUCCGUCUACCAGCCUCCGUAUCAUCAUCCGCACCAGAAUCCCUUCCCCAAUGCGCCUUUCUACUCCCGAACGGUCCAAAAUCCUUACGAUUACUCUCCUAGAUAA